AUGGAUCCCGACUACUUCGCGCCGGUGCGAGAAGACCAGGACGCUGCCGGCGCCCCCAUCGAGGACUCGGACACAGACAUGGCCGCCUCUGCCAGCGCAACAGCCUCAUCCUCGCGAUCCGCCAUGUACACCUCACCCAGCGUCCACGGGCGCAAAGGCCGCAUGUCUCGCUCAGGAGCACCCAGGCCCAUAAUCACACCCACCAGUCCUCUUUCCUCGACGAUUCCCCAUAAUCUGCUACCCUCGGCGCCCGCCUCGCCGCCCACACCCGCGCCAAGUCCUACGCCAACGCAGCGGGUGCCGGACUGGAGUACCGCCGCCGAACACGAAGAUGGCGAUAUCAAGAGCAUACGGGCACAGUUUGGCGAUAUGAACCGGGCAGAGCGCAUGCGGCUGCUCGGCGAGCUGCUCAACCUGUGCGACAGCCAAGAGUUGAGCUUCGUUGCCGAGUUUGUCAGUCCCAGACUAAAGAAGGACCCAUUCAUGGUCCUGCCCACUGAACUCUGUUUGAGAAUACUCGAAUGUGUAGAUGACCCUACCACUCUGGCUCGGGCAUCGCAAGUAUCCAAGAAAUGGCGUGAGCUAGUCAAUGACGACAGUGCUUGGCGGUUGCUCUGCCAAAAGUUCUCCUUCAGAGCGCUACCAAAACAGGACAACAUGGAAGAAGAUGAGCCAACCGACCAAAUGGAAGAUGCAGAGUCGAAGCCGUGGUGGCACGAUGAUGAGCGCACGGCCAGGCUGGACGAUGCAUCGUCGGCACGCGACCACCUUGAAGUCGGACCCUCAAAUAGCAGUCCAGAAGGACUGCGAACGCAAAGCCUCGACCGUGCAGCUAAGAGGAAGCCAUCGCAACGAAAGCAGCAGGCCACUACAUAUCGAUCACAUUUCAAGCAGCGGUAUAUGGUGGAGACUGCAUGGCGCAACGGCGGAGUGUGUGACGCGCGACAGAUCACCCCGGACCAGGGCGUGGUGACUAGCUUACAUUUGACUAACAAGUACAUUGUUGUUGCGCUUGACAAUGCCAAGAUACACGUAUUCGAUACCGUCGGCGACCACCAAAAGACGCUCCAAGGACACGUCAUGGGCGUGUGGGCAAUGGUGCCGUGGGGCGAUCUCCUAGUCAGUGGAGGAUGCGACCGCGAUGUGCGCGUCUGGAAUCUUGCAACUGGUUUUCCACAAUUCACCCUCCGUGGUCACACGUCAACAGUGCGAUGCCUGAAAAUGUCCGAUGCCAAUACGGCCAUCUCCGGAUCCAGGGACACCACACUACGCAUCUGGGACCUGAAGAAGGGACUGUGCAAGCACGUACUUAUUGGCCACCAAGCCAGCGUCCGGUGUCUCGAGAUACACGGUGACAUUGUUGUGUCCGGAAGCUAUGACACUACAGCUAAGAUUUGGAGCAUAUCAGAGGGCAAGUGCCUUCGCACAUUGACCGGACAUUUUAGCCAGAUUUAUGCCAUUGCCUUUGACGGCAAGAAGAUUGCAACAGGAAGUUUGGACACCAGCGUCCGCAUAUGGGAUCCCAAUGAUGGUAAAUGUCUUGCUGUACUACAGGGCCACACCUCGCUUGUUGGACAGCUUCAAAUGCGUGAUGAUAUCCUUGUGACUGGUGGAUCAGACGGAUCGGUCCGUGUGUGGAGCCUUGCAACCUACCAAGCCAUUCACCGAUUAGCCGCGCACGACAACAGCGUCACGAGUCUGCAAUUUGACAAUACGAGAAUUGUCAGCGGCGGUAGCGAUGGCCGUGUCAAGGUCUGGGAUCUCAAGACUGGCGUUCCUGUGCGAGAGUUGAGCAGCCCUGCAGAGGCUGUCUGGAGGGUGGUAUUUGAGGAAGAGAAGGCUGUCAUUAUGGCUAGUCGGGGCGGUCGGACCAUCAUGGAGGUAUGGGACUUUUCACCGCCCGCUGAAGAAGAUUACGACUCGCGAUCGUCUACCCCAGCAAGUAUGCCUGAUCGUCUCGAAGUCGACUAUAAUCGUCCACGGUCUGCCAUUCUCCCUGCACCCUCGCCGUUAGUACAAGACACAAGUGCCGGCGACGUUACCAUGGACGACGUAACAGAUCCAUAA